UUGACUUGCGACCUCGGAUACGCUAACAUCACGUGUAAUCUCGCGUGAAGUCCCUCAUGUGAUCACGGAGAAGAGAAACAAGGAGACGACAUCAGAAAAAUGGCCCCUAAAAACUUUGCCGCAAAGAUACAGUGAUUUUUCACGGGGAAAACUCCCUCCUAAAGACAUGAUUCCUGCAGUAUCCGGCCCUAGAAACAGACAGACGUGAAGGGGGCGAAAUGUCUGGGCCGGUGACGUUAGAACCGUCGGAGCAGCCGGCGAUAGAGAGCCGACCUACUGCCAGCUUCCUGAAAACAAAACUGCCAGGAAGACGUGUCAACUUUCCAGCUGACGACGAACUUGUUGCUGGCUCCGCGGAGCCGCCAGACCCCUGGUCCCUGGCUGCAACCUGCACCACAGAAGAGCUAGUGUCUGCGUACAGGGACCACUGUCAGAAACUGAACAUCCGACCUCUCCCACGUGUGCUGCAGCAGCUGGAGGCAAUUACAGACUUCACCAAACGGGUGGAAUGCUUAAAUCUGAAAGGCGAAAGGUUAGAUUCCAAAAUAGCUGAGACACUAGAAGAAGUUCUGAGGAGAGUUCGAUUCGUGAACGUUGACCUGGAACAGACCAGCAUGGAUGCAGAGUGUGCAGUUGCCUUGGCGGACAUGAUCGAGUAUUACGAGUCGGCUGUGAAGUUAAACGUAGCCUUCAACAAACACAUCAGCAUCAGAGGCUGGCAGGCUAUGGCUAGGAUGGUCAGGAAGACACAGUGCCUUGAGUACCUGGAUGCCAGGAGCACCCUCAUCACGGAGCAGACAGCGCCCCACCUCAGCCGGGCCCUGCGGAUGGGCAGCAGGAUACACACCUUACACCUGGAGUGCACCAACCUCAGCGGGAGGCCCCUGUUCCUCCUCAUGUCAGCCCUAAAAGUGAACGUUGCCGUGAAAGAGUUGUUCCUGGCCGACAACCGGCUGGGAGUGCCCGACGCGCAGCAGAUCGGCCAGAUGCUGAAGCAGAACAACACUGUCCAACUUCUGGAUCUCAGGAACAACCAGAUUCAGGACACGGGGCUGGUGCACAUCUGUGAGGGUUUGGGUGAACAGGAGAGAGGCAUCGUCACCCUGGUCCUGUGGAGCAACCACAUCACACAGCUGGGGGCAGAGUACCUAAGGGAGACACUGCCUGUGCUGAACUACCUGGAGACCCUGAACAUGGGACACAACCCGAUCGGGAACGAGGGAGUACUGAGCAUGAAGGAAGGGCUGCUCAUGAACCAAUCACUUCUCAGACUGGGGCUGGUGGACACCAAGAUGACCUGUGAAGGUGCCAUUGCCUUGGCAGAGUUCCUGUCUAUAAACCCGCGAAUCGUGAGGCUGGACCUCCGAGAGAACGACAUCAGGACAGCAGGACUCAUGGCGCUGCAGCUGGCACACAAGGUCAACCUCUCCCUCACCAGGCUGGAUCUGGACAAGGAACCAAAGAAGGAAUCGAUGAAGGACUAUGCAGAGACCCAGAAACAGCUGUUGUCAGCCAUCCAGGGCUUCAGUAAGAGGAACAAGGAGAGAGCCAGGGAGGACAGGAAGGCAGAGCAACAGGAGGAGGUGGAGGUUGCACAGGAAGCCCAAGAGGAAGGGCCUGCAAGGAUCCAGAGUGUCAACCAAUCAGCAGACAGCAGACAAGCUGGGGACCAUAGUGUCAACCAAUCAGCAGAAGUCAAACAUGCAGGGGACCAGAGUGCCAACCAAUCAGCAGAUCUAGACAGAAGACAAGCAGGGGACCAAAGUGUCAACCAAUCAGCAAGAAGCAGACAUGAGGUGUUGAACCCAGGAGAGGUCGUUGACCCUGAUGCCGUGAGAGAAAACAGUCAGGCUGGCACAGAGACAGUAGGGCCUAGUACGCUGGAGAAUAAAGUAGUUCCACAACAGAGACUAGAUACAGCAAGCGAUGGUGCAAACGAAACAAACUCACAUAAAGAAAACGCUACUUCCAGCAGUUUGCAACAACAGGGAGAUUCCGAGAGUAUCGCUACAAAGGAAGUCACCGUAGCAUGGACGGACUCUAGUCCUGUGAGUAUCCUCAAAGCCAAAACCAAAGUGCCUAAUGACUGUUCAGUCCCUUCUAGUGAUUCCGGUAAACUCGUACCAAGUCCUACUGACACCCCUGGUGACACUUCACCCAUGCGUACAUCCCCAGACGAAGUGGCUUUGUCCGGCGGUGUAGAACUAGAAGCGCGCAAUCCCGAUAAGUUGGACAACGCAAACUGUGGAAAACUGAUGAUCUCUAGUAGCCAAGCCCCUGUGUCGUCGGGGGACGCCAUCAACAACAAUUUCUCAGGAGUUUCCUUACCGAACGGGAGUCUGACGGACUUCGAAGCAGCGCUGAUUUCAGAACCAAGGACAAACCCACGGGACAUUCCAACAGUCGGAGAUGCAAACAUCAACACUUCAGAGUUGAGUAGUUCACCCGAUGACUUUGAGAAAGAACUGGACCAAAUUCUGGCCAACGUCACCGCUGGAAAAGGCCUCGACCCUCUUCCUGGAGAUGGAGUAAACCUGGAGAGUCUGGAUGACAUUUUUGAAGAGGAACUCACAGCCUGACGGUCACCUUAUACCAUUUAAAAGUCGUACCACCAUUAAUCAAGCAUGUCGGCAGAACGUACUGCACCUGCACAAAAAUGUAAUGUAUCGUGCAUAGCAUUUCGUCAGAAUGUCUCACAUAAGGUCGUAUUCGCACAUAUAAGGUUAAUAUUCCGUCUGUAGUUUUCAAAUGUUAAGUCGGAAAAGAUAUCGUCUGCAACAGGCAAAAUUCUGAUGCAACGUUGACCACACAUCCAACGAAAACCGUGAAAAAACAGGGUUUCACGCAGGCACAGUACAUUCUGCCGACAUGCUCAUUUAUUGUCUAUUACUGCUUAUUUGUUUUUCAUGUUGAAAUUGUACACAUUCUGUAAAGAUGACUUAAGAACAAGAUUAUUGAAAUGGCUUAGCAAAUAUGGAUUACCUGUGUCUGUUAAUCUGACGAAUUAAAAGCUUUCUGCAAUUGUGUUACUUACACAAGAUUAUGGCUAUCAAGUAGUGUCUUAGCAAUUAGACUCUAACCAGGAAGGGUUAUGGAUGGGGAUGUAAAAAAAAGUCCUUUAUUUAGUUAUGACAAUAUUCUGAUGCCAAUUCUUUUUCUUUUAAACCAUGAUGCAUCCUUUUUGCAACUUUCAAAGAACCCUCUCGUAACCCUCCCUGGUUGUGAUCUUAUGCUUUUUCCAUGGUACUGAUUUAAAGCAAAUUUUCAUACAGAUGGAAGCUACAUGUAGAUAGAAUUAUAUUGAGUAGAGUUUGAAUAGGAAUGAUGGAAUCUCUACCUGUAGCAUUCAUCUUUAAUGCAUCUGCUUCUAUCACUCAAGAUGUUACAUUUUCAGUAGCAGUUAAACUUGUCUGUAGUGUCUGAUAAGCAAACAUUAAGAAGUAUCCAACCUACAAAUUAUUAGUGAUGAUCUACACGAGACCAAAGUUAGGGAGGCAUGUAGCGCCCUCCGUAUCUAACCCGGUAUCCAGUCUUUCGUGGUUGGGCGGGUUUUCUUCGGGGCUGCAGGAGCUCUACCCUGCUCACCCGAGCUAGGUUCCCUCAGUAGGUUUUUUACGGUAGGAGUUUGAUUAGGCCUACUCCCAGAGUAUACCGGGGCGGCCUGUUUUACUGGGCGGGGGGAAACUACAUGUAUUAGAGCCCUGAAAGUACUCAUGACACAAAAAAAAAGUCUGUGAAAUACAUACAAA